GCUACUCUAGCUCAUCAGUGUCAUACAUUCUUUUAGCAUUUCCUAAAGAAUACCGCGUAAUAUCAAUCUCAAGUCAAAAUGUUCAAAUUAUUCGCUGUCUGCUUUUUGGCUUUGUUCGCCGUUGCUUUUGGUGCUGCUAAGCCCGCUUUCUUGGCUGCUGCUCCCGUUGCCUAUGGUGCUCCUUUGGCUUAUACUGCCGGUGUUGCUGCUGUUCCUGCCGCUUAUACUGCUGGUUAUGUUGCUCCCUAUGCUAGCACCUACAAUGCCUACACUGUUGCCCAUACCGCUGCCUACCCUGCUGCUUAUGCUGCCGCCCCCGUAGUUGCUGCUGCUCCAGCUGUCUAUCAUGCUGCUCCUGUUGUAGCCGCUCCUGCUGCUCGCGUUGUUGCUGCUCCAGCUGUUGCUUUGUUGAAGAAGAAGAAGAAGUAAAGGAUUUAUAGAUGAAAAGGAACUAUGAUCGGACGGACUAAAUUAAUAGAGUGAAAUGUAAAUAAUUUGGAAAAAACGAAACGAAAGAAAAAAUAAAUUAGAAAGCUGUAUGUGUUUAA